AGAACACCUGUCACCCAACCUGACCUAACCUUCAAAAAAUAAAAAUGUUUUAAGGGGAUUAAGGAUUAACAUUUUUGAACAUUUGAACAUGGGAAAUGAUUCAUCUCAUUUAGCUGGCAUCGAUAUUGAGGAUAAAGCUGUGGAAGUUGCUGAUUUUUGGAGUCAACAUACUGCAAGCGUUCCUAAAUCGAAACAACUUUCCAAUUUGACAAUAUUCAUUGGAGAAUUAUUUGUUAAUGGUCCCUUAUGGACAAUACAUACACCACUGGAGAAAUGUAGCAAGAAUUUAAUGAUAUACAGACAUCCAUGCAUUCUCAAAUACAUUUCAUCAUGGUCCAAAAGUUCCAAAUUCUACUUAGCGGUUGAACAUGUUAGACCUUUGUCACAUGUAUAUUCAACUCUUAGUACAUUACAGCUAUGUAUAGGGUUACAUUCAGUAUUGAAGGCUCUUUGUUUUUUACAUGAGAAAGGAAAGGCUUCUCAUAACAAUGUAUGUUUAGCCUCAAUUUAUAUAACAGAUGAUGGAAAAUGGAAGUUAGGUGGGAUGGAAUUCUCUUGUAAAUAUACAGAAUUAUCUAAGGAACAUUUAAACAAAUCCAAAGCUAACAGAUACGCAGCUGCAGUUGAUAUUCAUGAAGAAGAACAUAUUCAAAAACCUGAUAUUUUGAAGGAAUUCGUUGAUGCUUUCGCAUUUUUCGUUUUAGUUGCAGAGCUAUUGAAAUCUGAUGCUUCAGAGGAUAUUCCAGAAUUAGAAGAUUUCAAAGCUCUGUGCAGAAGUGGUUUAGAGAAUUUGAAUAUAGACGAAAGACCAACAUUAUCUGAUUUACUUAAACAUCCCUUUUUCAACCAUGAAUUCAUUUUAAUACACUCCUUUUUAAUGGAGUUACCAUUAAAGUCUGAUGAGGAAAAGUUAACAUUUUUCUCAAAUUUGAUAUCCAGUCUCAGGAACUUUAACGAAAAUUUAGUGGCAAAUCAAUUAAGUGGACUCCUUUUAUCAAGAAUGGUCCUACUGAAUUCUGUUGCACAGACUAAGGUACUGUCUAAAAUACUUUCUUUCAAACAAGAUGGUGAAGAAGAUGAAGAGGAUGGCCCUUUAAUCAGCGAAGGCACAUUCAAAGAGCAUGUUGUACCUAGAAUCUUAGAAAUAUUUGCUGUUAGAGAUGCUCAGAUCAGAUUAAUAUUAUUGCAACAUUUCAAAGGCUACAUUAAUGGAUUUAGUCAAGAAGAAUUACAAUCAUAUAUUUUACCAGAGCUUCUUGUUGGAAUAAAAGAUACAAAUGAUAUUUUAGUAUCAUGUACGCUAGAAGCUUUAUCUACUUUAGUCUUGAUAUUAGGAGCAAAUACUGUAAUAGGUGGUAAAAGAGCAAGAUUAUUUACAGAUGGAAGGCCAACACAAACAACUCAAAAAUCAAGACAGAAUAGUAGGAAAUGCAGCAAAUCACUGGCAGUUGAAUUACCAGAUAUUCCAGUUCCAAAGCCAGUUGAUCCCCUCUUCAUCAGUAAUUUACCAGAACGCCAAAGACCAGAUGGAGAAGAAGUUGAAAUACUCACAGAUGAAGUAGACCAAACUGCAGAGGAGGAAAUAGAAUGGGAAGAUUGGGAAGAAAAUCAAGAUCUUCAAGCUACUGGAACCAAUACAUUACAACUUGAACAAACAGAAAUUUUGGAAGGGGAAUUAGCAACAAGUCUGAGUAACUUGAAAAUUGAAACAUCAAAAUUGAAGAAUAAAGACAUCAGUAAGAUUAAAAAUAUUCAGGACAUUGACGAAUUGGAUAUAAAAAACCAAAAAAGUAAAGAACAGAGUGAUGAUAUUGAUUUUUUCCAAGAUAUGGAACCUGAAAUCAAAAGUUCCACAAAAUAUCUGAUUGGUAGUGAAUUAGAGAAUCAAAACACUAAUGAGAAUUCGAACAAAUUGAAUCUAGUAGUUACAGGACUUGAAGAAGAUGGUUGGGGUGAAGAGGAAUGGGAAUAGGCAUUGAAAUUCAUCAGACAUAAUUUAACCAAUACAAAAAUAAUAUUAUAUUCAUAUAACACU